GAGUUAAAAUUUUAAUAUACUUCAGCCUCGCCAUUGAGUGGAAUUAGUCCUCAGAUCACAAAGCUUGUCAAGCCGAUGAGAACCCUUGUUGAAGAACAGAGUCAUAAAGAAGCUCGACCGUUGUUGAAUCAAGAAGAAUCAGAUGAGUCAGAAGAAGAGGAAGAAAAGUGCCAAAUGAGUAAACUUAAAUUAGAUGAAACACAAGAAGAUGAGGAGUUCACAGAAUUUGAAUCUUAUCAAGAUUAUAAAAACCAACCAGUUGAUGAAUCAUUAAACCGUCCUGCAUCCAAAUCCGUUUCCAUAGAUAGUGAGACCCCUCGUGUUCAUGAAGAAGACUUGACAUCAGGCAAUAAAAUGCAGCAUUCAGUGACAGAGGACAGUCUCACAGAGUUGCAGACAAAGGCUGGAACACCAAGUGUUAUGUCCAGUGGUUAUGGUUCCCAGGCUCUGUCCACUAGCCCUGUGUCCAGUGAAGAUUCUGUGUCACUGCACAGCGUGAGUGUGGAUGUGACACCUGAAAGCCACUCAGUACCUUUCCUGGGUAAGAUGCAACCAGAACAGGAUGACAAGAAGGAUUGCUCUCACCAACUUUUAUCAACAAUUACUGAAUCUGCUACUACUGUAACGGCUACACAGCUCAGAUCGGUAAGCUCUGAGCCUUUUGACAGUCAAGAAAAUAGUCAGUCAGCCAUUGCUGACAAGUCACUGUCAGAAAUAUUUUACCCAACUCAAUUUCCUGCUCAAAAUUACCAUGAAAUAAGUAAUGAGAAAGGUGUGGAUUUCUCCAAGUCUGCCAGGGACGUUGAAGUAACCUGUGAGCAACGAGAGACAGAUUUGUCCAUCCCUGGCAGUGUCGUUGAAGUAACCUGUGAGCAACGAGAGACAGAUUUGAAAAAGUCUCGGGAUGAAAAUAAAGGACAUUGGGAAAAAAAUGAAGAACAAAAAGACAUUGAAAGACUAGAGGAAGCUCUUCUAGGAGGACAAGAUAACCACAUAGAGGAAACUACUAGAAGAGACAAAGAUGUUCCUGAUGUCCAAAAACCUGUUUUGAAAGAAGAAAAUCCCUGUGAAAAACAGAACAGUGUUCUGCAAGAUACAUUUACUCUUGGUGAAGUCUUAAGUAGCGACAAUCCAAAUAACAUGCAAACUGGACUUACUUGGGAAGCUACAAAUGAUACUGGCAGGAACAGUUGUCACGGAUCUCUUGUUAAUGGGGGAAAUACCAGUAAUAACAAGACUUCAAAAUCCCAAGACAUCCAAGAUUGUACUAAAGAUCCUGAAAGCAACAGUUCAUACACCAAACAGACUAAAGGCCCCUCUCAGGUUCAGCGACGACCAAAGAACACUAAAAAGUACAUGGACCAUCGUGCGUCAUACCCUGCAGCAGCUGUAUCAACUAGUCAUCCUCAUACCUUACCAGAUCUUUCUUUUGAACUGUCAAGAAACAAUAGUGAUGAAGCAGACUGGACAACUUCAAAAAAUAACACCUCGGAAGACUUGGAUCGAGAAGACAGUGUCAGCAACAGCUCCUACGAAAGCCGGCCAGAUCAUCUAACCAGUAGCGACAUCACUUUACCAUCUUGGCUGACUGUAGGAGAAAGUGUCAUGAUCAGUCCUUACAACAAGACAGGAGUCCUAGCCUUCUUAGGGGCAACAGUGUUUGCUCCUGGUGUCUGGGCAGGGGUUGAAUUAGACACUCCUACAGGUAAAAAUGAUGGAUCGGUAGCUGGAGUUAGAUACUUUCAGUGUAAGCCACGUUUUGGUAUCUUUGUUCGUCCAGACAAACUGAAUCUUGAUAAGCGUGGAAGAGCUGUCAGAGCAGCUCGUCUGGCCGGGACAAGUAAUCUGAGACGAUCGGGCAGUAGAGAAAGUUUCUCAUCUUCCACCAGUCUUAAUCGCAGUCGGAGUCGAGGUGAAGGGUUAUACGGUGCGGGUGGUUCUGGUUCCAGUACUAAUUUGUACAGGCCUCGAAGUAGGGGAGAAGGCCUCGGGAAAACUGUAGUCGAUUCCACAGAAAAUGAAAGAUUGAGACAAUCUCACAGCAGGGUUGAAGGUCUUACAGACAGUGCAUCAAAAAGUCGAGCUCCAAAUCCUAGAGGGCGAAAGUAUUAAAUACAAAACAUUUUAUUGUGUGUAAUUGGAAGACAAGAAAAGAAAUAACUUUUAUCAGCAAGCUGUGUAGUUUGUCUGUUACAUUUUCAGUUUUCUGUCUUACCCAUUAUUAUUAUUAUUAUUACAUUUAUUAUAGUAAUAAUUCAAAUUACUUUUAAUUGUAUUCUUGGAGUUGCUUGUGAUGAAUGUUAUCUCCUAAUCCUGACCAAACAGGGUUGUUACAGGUUUUUCAAAGCCACGAAAGAUGAUUUGAAAGUUUCAGUACUAUAAAUCGUAUAAAAAUGGUUGAUUUAAGUCAUCACUCUAGAAUCAUCCUGAAAUUCCAGUUUCAAUAAAUAAAAAUGAAACCUUUUUGAAAUAAUUGACUUAAUUACAAUAGACAAACAAAAAAGGUUGGCUGUCAUAAUUGGGUUUGUUUAUAUUAUGUGUUGGCCGUUGUGAACAUUAUGCCUCAAUGUUGGAAUUUCCACUGGCGAGCACAUUCGAUAAACGAACGCCAGUUUAAUCAAGCAUGGCAGGAUUUGAGAAUUGUGAAAAUCUGAAUAUCGGUCCUGGAAAAAGUUCUAGCAUUUUCUUUUGUAAAAUCUGUACAAACCUGAAAUUGUCAAGAGAAGUUGAGGUUUAUCAUUCAUGCUAAGUGUUGAAUAUGGUGAGACGUUUUCAGAACAUUAGGCUUGACUGCAUUCAAACUGGUACACAGUAUAUGACCACAGGUUAUCUGCUUGAAUACCAGUGUUCAAGAAAAUAAUAAGAGCUUCAGUUUUAGUUUAUUAUUAGCUAGAAUGCAAUCUAUUUAUAACUAUUAAAAAAAGAUAAAAAAAUAUUUUUUUAGUUUGCUUUUUCUUUUAAUCACAGAUCUUAAAGUCUUGAAAUAUGUGGUGAUGCUUUUUUUCUGGAAUAACCUUCUUGUUAAGUUUGCAGUAAACUUAAGUAUUGGAGGGGGAUUAGCUUGUUAGAGAAGUAUCUACGCUUUUAAUGAUUUUAGUUGAGACGUAAAUUAGUUUGAAGCUGUCUUGAGUACAUUGUGAUUAAUUGUGGACCAGUGAUUGUUUUAUUUUUACUAUAACUGUCAUGUACACCUUCCAUAAUCCUUCGCAUUGAGCAACAAAAAAAUGCACAAUAGUGAUACAUGAAUACAUUAAGUAAAGAAUGUGAAAAAAAGUAAAUAUUAGGCUGUUUUAUGAAUUAUAAACUGCAGUAGAACAACAGGUGCUGUAUUAAAUUAUUUACAGUUAUUAUUUUUUUUACUUUAAAUACAACCUGGGAUUUAAAGAGGAAAUCAAAAUGACAUUCAGGGUUUGGUUCCAUGUGGUGAGCACAGCAGAUAACCCAGUGUGGCUAUGCUCUAAAACAAUUGAACCCCCAGUGUGUCAGUGGUAAGUUUAAGUUUAAAAUCCGGGUGUCGAUUCCACAUAGUGGACACAGCAGAUAGUUUUGUGCUGAAACACCCAAUUCUAGGUAUUCCGUGUUUUAAGAAUGGUAGUACUAUCGUUAAUUCUUCAGUGUACACAUCUGUCUGGUAUUUAGAAGUGAUGUCCAUCACAAGAAGUCAUUGCCCAAGAGGCUUUUCUUAUGUUACCAGAGCUCGUCAUUCCAGAGUUUAUCAGUAGCCAGUUGAUUUAAAACGCAGUUUUCACCACACACUUCUUAUUUUAGAUCCGAAAUGUCGUUUUUACACACCCGAUUUCAAAAUGUUAAUUCAUUGAUAAAAAUGAAUAAAAUAUAAAUAAAUAACUAGACCUAUGCUGUUAAGUUUAAUUUCAGUUAUGGUUUUUCAAAUUAUUUCAAACUAGUGCGUGCAAGAAAAGUAGGAAAUUAACACUCUAUAAAAGUGUAUUAUUUAGAAAAAUGGUGUUAACAGUAAAUAUUGAGGAAGUAGUUGAAUACUUUUUUAUCUUGUAGUAUUUUUUAUACUUUUGGUUUAAUUAUUUAUAGAAAUAAUAUAAUAUAAUUUUUGAAGUAGAAAUAAACUCAAGAUAAUUUGAAAAUUGACAACAGAUGUAAUUUUUUUAAACUCUACACAGCUCAGGAGUUGGCUGUAGAAACGAAAGCUUUGACGACGUAUCGUUGUUUGUGGACGAGAAUUGUGAAUGUUUUUUUAAUUAGUGUAAUGUGAAUGAAUAAUUUGAUCUGCAUUAUCAUAUUAGACGUAACCUUUUAUUACAUAGAAUUCAAUUUGAUCAUUCUAUUAACAAUGGAUGUAGAUAUUACUGGUUUACUGAUUUAAUUGUGUAGAUGUUUUUAAUUUUUAAAAAUAACGCUAUUUUUUGUAAUUCUGUUUUUUGGGCUAUAAAUGUUGUUAUAGGUAUUAACUGUUGGUCAGUUGUAUUGGGUAUUAAUUUAUAACGACGACAUUUUUGUUAUGUAUAUACAUGAUCUUGUUACUUGCGCACUUAAAUGUGUUGACGAUUCCAAAAAAAAAAAGUAUUCUGUUCCUUUAAAAAAAAAGAUACUUUAACGUUAGCCCUAUUGCUGGCUUCUGACGUAUUUUAUAGACGUUGUAGUGUAAGUUGCUUUGUUUUUCUCCUUGUAUAUAUAUUAAUAUUUGUGUGUUCUAGAGAGACAGCUCAGAGAACAUCAUAGUUAUGACUGGAUAUGCCUCUAGUGGCAGCAGUCGUUCUUAUCUAUAGCUAUAAAGUUGGAUUUAGCAAGUUGUGUUAUGUUCGUUCACUUGUUUAUAAAUGCGAGUGUUGCCAUAGAAGAACACGAGUGUGUUAGUCAUAGUGAGAUAUUUCUGUAUUGUUUGGUUAGUGAAUUCUGCUACCCCAGCCAAGAGACAAUUAGAUAUUUUUUUGUUCUUUUUUUUUUAAUGGGGUAGAUUGUCCUUUAGCAUUCCGUCUUGUUCAUUCGUCCAAAUUAUAAUUAAUCCAACUAUAAUAAAAUAUAACCAGAAAGUCCAAUUUUACUCACUUUUUUUUUUCCUCUGCGUGGUUUGACUGUCACUCUGUUCUCUUGCUCAGGAAAUGUGUUGUAUUUUCUUUUUCAAAGGUUCACUUACCUUGGCUUGCAUUUAUAACACAUUCAUUUGUUCUGAGUAUUCAAACAAAAUAUAUAUAUAUAAAUGAAAAUUAAUUUUUUUUUCGCCGUUCAUUAUUAUCCGAGCCUUGUGUAACUUUGCAGACGAAGUCAAUUCCUUUUGUUGUAUGUCAGUAAUUUAAACAAUAAUGCUCAACAUUACCCACAGUUGAACUACCCCUACUUUCUCGUGUUGUUCGAUGUAAAUGAAUAGUCGAGAAACAGUGGGUAAGCUGAUACCUCUCUCUUCCUGACCUUGUAUUACGCUGGUUUUAUUGUAGAAAGGAGAAUAAUAAAGAUAAGGCUUUAUUUUUU